AACUUAUUAAAUAGAUAUAAUGUCCCUUGUGCUUCAGCGGCUGGACUAUAUCAAUUUAGGGCAAAUAAAUACAAAAUGCUUAGAACUUCUUCCAGGCAAAGAAGGCCAAACUCAGAAAGUGGUAGUCGCUGAUAGAAAUGACAACUUGAUAGUUUUUGGCGUUAAGAAAGGCGCAACCAGUACUGUGUUCAAAGCUCCACUCCAGAAACAGGUUGAUGUCAUAACGUUAGGUGGUCAGCUCGGAAGCCCUUCGGACAAAAUUUUUGCAGUGACACUUUCAGAUGUGAAAGCUUUCAAUCGAAAAGGGAAAAAUUUUCUGUCCUUUCCCUCGGGGAUGAGUGGGCCUGUAAAGUCGUGCGUAGUGAAGGGAAGCAGCAUGUUUCUGGCGACAGAUCACGUGUACAACAGAUUUGUGGACUUGAAAGAGACCGACUAUUACCUUCUCACGGAUAAAAUAAACUCGCUCUGUGUGCUCAACACUUCUGAUACUGAUAUGCGUGUAGUGCUAGCAUGUCAAGACAGGCUUCUGAGAGUGCUUGUGGGAUCUGAGCUGCAGUAUGAGGUCGAGGUACCUGGCAACCCAACAUGUGUAACAUUACUGAAUAGAACCGGUGGCUAUUCUGGAGAGGAAGUUGUGUAUGGAACGAGUGACGGACAAUUGGGUGUCAUCUCCAUCGGAAGAUCCAAUCCAGACCAUGGCUGGUCCCACUCCAACGAACUGGGUCGGGGAGGAGUGACCUGUAUAGACUUCUACAACAUAUACGGACCCGAUGAGCCAUCGUGUAUGAUUGUAGGCAGAGAUGACGGAUAUGUGGAAGUGUUCACGUUGUCAGACUUCGAGGAUCCGAAGAUUGUGUUUUCGUUUUGUGCCAACGAGUCAGUAACUGGAGUAAGAGGCGGACAAGUGAAUUCAAGCGGAGUGGAUGAAAUCAUAGUGACCACAUACAAGGGCUGGGUGUUCGGACUAACUUCAGAGAUGCAAGACAUCGUCGUGCAUUCUUCAGAUGCGCCCCUGCCUACAGUUGUGAACGAGAACCAAGUGCAGAAAGUGACCGAGCUUGAAAACGAAAUCAAAGUAAUGCAAACGACAUUAAGUAAAGAAAAAGAAAAGUUUCAACAGGCUUCGGCCAGUGCUAAGUCUGGCCAAGCGUAUUCAGCAGCGGCGCCGUUUCAAGUGAAUGACAAAUUCGUGCUAAGUCGAGAAGACGCCAGUUAUAUUCUAGCUCUGGAAACGCAAGUAUCACUUGACGUGAUUCUAUUACAAAGUGACGUUCCAGUGGACAUAAUAGACUCGGAUAAGAGUUCGGCGGUGAUGAGCACAAGUGAAUGCGAUCCUUCGGAGGGGAACUUUCUGCUGGUCACUUUCAGGUGUCAAGCCAACACAACCAGGUUUGAAGUGAAGCUCAGAACAAUAGAAGGCCAGUAUGGCACAUUGAAGGUGUAUGUUACUCCUAAGACGCAACCAAAGUUCUGUCAAGUACUCGAGUACGUGAUCAAACCCCUCUCACUUCACCAGAGGUCCCAUUACACAGACGAAGGGAAAGAUUACAACGAACUUACAAUAGAGGGAAACUUCAGUUUGUCCGAUAUGCACUCGUGGGUUCGUUAUUGUCUCCCAGAGGUAUCCGAGAGACCUCCAGCUGCGGAAUCGGUCAAUCUUAAUUUCGUAUCUGUGUUUCUGGACACGGACCUGUCAAUCAUGUACGAGAAGAACAAGGCUGUCUUCAAAUCGGACAAUAUUUCGACAAUAGCCAUUUUGAAAGACGUGAUUAGUCGGGAGGCAAUUAAACGGAAAGUGUCUUUGAAUGCGAAUGUAAGUAUGGAGGAGAGCACUGUGGCCCAUGUGUUGCGUCUCAUCCAUCCUAAGAUGGAGUACCAGACCAUGCUGGCUAAGAAGGUCCAAUUGAUUGACGGACUGAAGGACCUGCAGAUGCAGGAGGAUGACAUCUCAUUCCUAGCGCCAGAAUAUCAGGAGAUCAUAGAACAAGAAAAGAAGAUCAGAGACGAGUUCACCAGACAGCCUGCACACUUGGAGAGACUGUACGGCAUGGUGACAGAUCUGUUCAUAGACAAGUUCAAAUGCAAAGGAGUCAAUGUAAGGAACAGAGUGGACGAUCUAACUGCAGUCUUAGACGCUUACGACCUAAAUGCUGUUCUCGCUUUCUUCAAUAAGUUUUAGAGUUCAUUGAUAGCUUGAAAUCGAUUGACAGUAAGCCAGGUAAAGUGUUGGUAAACAAAAAAAAAUCGUUGAGGAAAUUGUAAAACUGAUUCAGACAUUUAGAAACAGCCAAAAGAAAAUUACAAAAAUAUUCUUAAAUAUCAAAAUUGAUCAACUAUGGAGUGUAUAUUUAAGUGCGUGAUUGUGAAUAAUGAGUUUUGGUUAAUUUAUGAUCAGCUGUAAAUAUGUAAAUUGUGUAUCAACU